AUGUCAGAGAAAUUCACAGAAUUCGCUGAAAUUCCUCAACAAUUCGUAAAGGAAGGUACACUGUUCGUUAACAGAUGUACUAAGCCAUCUAAAGAAGAAUACAUUCAACUUUGUCGAGCUGUAGCUAUCGGAUUCGUAGUGAUGGGAUUCAUAGGAUAUUUCGUUAAACUCAUUCAUAUCCCUAUCAAUAACAUCUUAGUGGGCGGAGCAUAA